GCGGUCUGGCCCUUUCAUGACAGUGCAGAAGAAUAUCCCACAAAUGUUCCACAAAUAUUCCAAUUCAUGCAUUGUUUUCAUAAAAUCCUAAGUAUAUAAAUUCUACACAUAGUUUUCAUCAAAUUUGUACGUCUAUAGUAUCUCACAUGAAAAACGUGCAAGCGUGGUAACAAUGGCUUCCCGGGACAUAGAAGCCAUGCAGAUUGAAGGCAAGAAGAUAGAUGAUAAUGAUUAUGAUGACAAAAAGGACACAGAUAAAGAGAAGAUACUUACUCAAGCCUUGCCAUUUCACAAGCUUUUGAGCUAUGCAGAUCCAUUGGAUUGGACUUUGAUGGCUCUGGGCACACUAGGGUCCAUUGUCCAUGGAAUGGCACUACCCAUGGGUUAUUUGCUACUUGGAAAAGCCCUUGAUGCGUUUGGAAACAACAUCCAUGACUCCAAAGCCAUGGUUAAAGCUCUCCACAAGGUUAUUCCAUUUGUGUGGUAUAUGGCCAUUGCCACAUUUCCUGCUGGAGUAUUAGAGAUUGGAUGCUGGAUGUAUACUAGUGAAAGACAAAUAGCACGGCUAAGACUGGCAUUCUUGAGGGCAGCCCUUAGCCAGGAGAUUGGGGCUUUUGACACGGAUUUAACAACUGGGAAAAUCAUCACCGGAAUUAGUAACCACAUGAGCAUCAUACAGGAUGCUAUUGGUGAGAAGCUGGGCCAUUUUCUCUCAAGCUUCGCAACUUUCUUCUCUGGGGUCUUCCUCGCGUUCAUAUGUUGUUGGGAAGUGUCACUUAUUAGUACCUUUCUUGUUGUUCCAAUGAUUCUUCUUAUUGGAGCCACUUAUACAAAGAAAAUGAAUGCCAUUUCGGCCACAAAGACAGUUCACCUGUCAGAAGCCACAUCAAUGGUAGAACAGACAAUAUCCCAAAUCAAAACAGUCUUUGCAUUUGUGGGAGAGAGUUAUGCAAUGAAGUCUUUCUCCAAGUACAUGGAGGAACAAUUUAAAUUGAGCAAGGUAGAGGCACUCAUAAAGGGGGUUGGAAUUGGUAUGUUCCAAACUGUGACCUUCUGUUCUUGGGCGCUGAUUGUAUGGGUUGGAGCCGUUGUUGUCACAGCCCAUAGAGCAAAAGGAGGAGAUGUUAUAUCUGCUGUUAUGAGCAUUCUCUUUGGUGCUAUAUCACUCACUUAUGCAGCACCAGACAUGCAAAUCUUCAAUCAGGCAAAGGCUGCAGGGAAGGAAGUUUUUCAGGUGAUCAAAAGAAAGCCCUUAAUAAGUUACGAUUCAAUAGGGAAGACACUUGAGGUGGUUGAUGGCAACAUUGAAAUACGUGAUGUAUAUUUUGCUUACCCAUCAAGGCCGGAGGAAUUGAUCCUUCGAGGGUUUACAUUGUCAAUUCCAGCGGGGAAGGUAGUGGCUUUCGUGGGCAGUAGUGGGUGUGGGAAGAGCACUGUCAUCUCCCUAGUGGCAAGAUUCUAUGAUCCCUCAAAAGGUGAGAUUCUUGUUGACAAUCACAAUGUCAAAGAUCUUGAUCUGAAGUUCCUCAGGAAAAACAUUGGAGCAGUUUCCCAGGAGCCAUCACUAUUUGCCGGAACCAUAAAGGACAAUAUGAAGGUAGGAAACAAGGAUGCAGAUGAUCGACAGAUCCAGAGCGCAUCAGAAAUGGCAAAUGCACACCUUAAUUACUCUUUCAUAUCCCAACUCCCAAAUCAGUACUUAACAGAGGUAGGACAGAGGGGUGUGCAACUAUCAGGUGGACAGAAACAAAGAAUUGCAAUAGCAAGAGCCAUUCUAAAGGACCCUCCAAUUCUAUUGCUCGAUGAGGCAACAAGUGCACUUGAUUCAGAGUCAGAGAAGCUGGUUCAAGAUGCCCUUGAGACGGCAAUGCAAGGGAGAACGGUCAUAUUGAUUGCACACAGGAUGUCAACCAUUAUUAAUGCAGAUAUGAUUGUAGUUGUAGACAAUGGUCAAGUUCAAGAGACAGGAACACACCGCGAGUUGUUAGAUACCAGUAAAUUCUACAACAACUUAUUUAACAUGCAGAAUAUCAAUGUAGACGGUGACUUAAGGGUAACAGAUCCAGCUGAGCAACCCACAGAUAUGCAGCAACAGAUUUCAUCUCAAAAUGUGACCAAAGAGCAACCUGAAGAACUCACAGAGCUCAGCAGACAUCACAAUGAUCCUCCCAAGCAAGAGGAACAAAAAGGGAGACAAAAAACAGCCAUAUUCUUCAGAAUCUGGUUUAGUUUGACGAAGAAAGAGCUUGUAAAAACCAUCAUAGGCUCUUUCGCAGCAGCCCUUUCUGGUAUCUCAAAGCCUAUAUUCGGGUUCUUCAUCAUAACAAUAGGCGUAGCAUAUUAUGAGAAAAACACAAAUAAGAUAGUGGGACGGUAUUCAGUAAUCUUUGCUUUGGUAGGAUUGCUAUCAUUAUUCAGCCACAUCUUGCAGCAUUAUGUCUUUGGAGUGGUUGGAGAGAAGGCCAUGACAAACUUUAGACAAGCUCUAUAUGCAGCUGUACUGCGCAAUGAAUUAGCUUGGUUCGAGAAACCUGAGAACAGCACUGGCUCACUUACCUCACGGAUCAUCAAUGACACCGCCAUGGUAAAAACAAUAAUUGCUGAUCGUAUGUCUGUGAUUGUCCAAUGCAUUUCAUCCAUACUAAUUGCAACAAUAGUUAGCAUCAAAGUAUGUUGGAGAAUGGGUUUAGUAGCUUGGGCUGUGAUGCCUUGCCACUUCAUCGGAGGCCUGAUUCAAGCUAAGUCUGCCAAAGGAUUUUCAGGUGACAAUGCUGCUGCACACUCGGAACUUGUCGCCCUUGCUUCUGAAGCCGCAGCCAACAUAAAAACCAUUGCAUCUUUUUGUCAUGAAGAGCACAUACUCAAGAAAGCCAAACUGUCUCUGGAAAUCCCAAUGAAGAGGAGCAGAAGACAGAGUGUCAAGUAUGGGAUCAUUCAAGGUGUAUCCAUUUGCUUAUGGAACAUUGCACAUGCUGUUGCUUUGACAUACACAACAGUUCUUGUCCAGAAACAUCAAGCGACUUUCAGGGAUGGAAUAAGAUCGUAUCAGAUUUUCUCUCUCACAGUACCUUCAAUCACAGAGCUAUGGACACUGAUCCCCACAGUGAUCUCUGCCAUCACUGUACUAACUCCUGCGUUUGAAACCCUUGACAGGCAAACUGAAAUUGAACCAGACACACCAGAAGACUCAAAUUUUGACACAAUCAAAGGGAAUAUGGAAUUUCAAAGCGUUCAUUUCAAUUACCCGUCACGCCCAGAAGUAACUAUACUAAACAACUUCAGUUUGCAAAUUGAAGCUGGAUCAAAGAUUGCUCUUGUCGGGCCAAGUGGAGCCGGAAAGUCUUCUGUCUUGGCCCUUCUACUGAGAUUCUAUGAUCCAAGAGAAGGCAGGGUACUGAUUGAUGGGAAGGAUAUAAGAGAUUAUAACCUGAGGAAUUUAAGGAAACAAAUUGGGCUUGUGCAGCAAGAACCGCUUCUUUUCAGUUGCUCGAUUAAAGACAACAUUUGUUAUGGGAAUGACAAAAGUUCUGAAGCUGAAAUCAUAGAGGUGUCAAGAGAAGCAAACAUACAUGAGUUCAUCAGCAAUCUACCACAUGGUUACAAUACAAUGGUUGGGGAAAAAGGAUGCCAACUUUCAGGAGGACAGAAGCAGAGAAUAGCCAUAGCGAGGACUUUAUUAAAAAGGCCUGCAAUUAUGCUCUUAGAUGAAGCAACAAGUGCUCUUGAUGCAGAAUCUGAAAGAGCUGUGGUGGGUGCUUUGGAAUCAAUAAAAGACAAUGAUGGCUUAUUGGCGAGAACCACACAGGUGACCGUUGCACACAGACUUUCCACGGUUAUAAACUCAGACACCAUAGUUGUCAUGGAUAAAGGUAAGGUCGUGGAAAUUGGUACCCACUCAACGCUAGUAGCAGCAUCUGAGGGAGUUUAUUCAAGAUUCUACCGCCUCCAGAGCUUCAAUGAGAAUUAGAUAUGUAUACACACACAACUGCACAACAUAGUGUAUACAUAAGUAGGUUGUAUACACUAUGUUUUUGUCGUUUUCUUUUCUCCUCAUUUCUUGGUGAUGCAACCAUAAUUAAUACAUCAUCAACUUUCUUAAGAAUCAAGGGGAUGAUCCCUUAUCAUACAGUAUUUCACUUCCUGGAUAAAUGUAAUACAAAUGAAAUUAAUACAGGGAAUCAACCUACUUAUCAAAUAACAAUGAGACCAAAUCCAAAAGUCUAUCAAUGCAGUCUCUUCAG